UGGCAGCGGCAGUGGUGCUUGCGAUUCUGAACAUCGUGCCAAUCAUGAUGGUGAUAGUCGGCGCUGUCAAUCGAGAUCAGUGCGAUGUGAAUCCGAAGAUUCCUACGUGGCUGAUUGUGACCGGAACUGUGUCGUUGAUUCGCAGCGCUAUCAACUUCUUUUUUCGGUUCAUACUGGGGACUAUCUGGGUGUAUUGGGUGUAUGACCAUGUUAGUUACGACCCACGAGCAGGACCAAACUAUUGCGAUCAGCUGACGUAUGUGUUCAGUUUUGUGUUCAUCACCGUAAGCUACGCGAUAAUGAUCCUUAGCUGUUUAUGCUUCUGCUGUUGUUGUUGCUGUAUUUGUUUCCAUAAACGGGACCAACAACAACAGCCAGUGGUAGUGGUUGAGCCUUAA